AUGAACGCAGAGACCUGCGUUGCACACAACGACGUGACAUCCAUGGAUUCGUAUUUUAGCCCAGGUCGGGAUCAUCAGACGCACUUGCGGACAUUUCCAGGCACCGACGCCAAAUUCAGCCCCUUCCUGAGCACCAAAGGUCAGGCUUACGGAGAGAGGUCCCGGAGCCCCUUCCAGCAGGAGUGCCAGUCAUUGGAUGCAGCUGCGGGGCAAGGCUCUUUCAGCAAAUACCACCUCUUUACGCACAGGUCUGCGCGCAAAACGCCCCCGGAGGAGGACAAACUGCAGCAGGACGGAGGACACGACGGAGCGCACAUCCCGUGCUAUGGUGAGUGGGUACAAAAAGAAGCCAAAUGGAGAAAGAGGGAACGCUUCGGUCAGAUGCAGCAGGUCCGAACACAUUUCACGACUGCGUACGAGCUGCCGCUCCUGACGCGUCCUGAGAACUAUGCACAGAUCCAGAACCCCUCCUGGAUCGGCGGCAGCAGUGCAGCGUCUCCUGUUCCAGGCUGUGUGGUGCCUUGUGACACAAUGACUCCCUGUAUGACCCCUCACCCCCACUCCGCCAGCGGCGUCUCUGACUUCUUGGGCGUUCCGAGUCCCGGGGGUCACGUUGGACAGCCCCACAUGGGCAGCCUGUUCGGAGGGUCUCCUGGCAUGGCCGGGGGCAUCAACACGUACGACCUCAACAUGGACCCUGACCGCAAGUCGUCCAGCAUCGCAGCUUUGCGCAUGAAAGCCAAGGAGCACAGCGCUGCCAUUUCUUGGGCAACAUGAUGUGCUGCAUGUUGGAUGGGGGAACCUCGUGGAGACCCAACGAGGAUGGAGGGGCACUAAAAUCAAAAACUGCACAGGAAACAGUGACUACCAUCAAAAAGGAUGCAAUGAAACGAGCAGGCAAUAAGAUGUUGCAAAGAACGUGAUGCCAUAUUUCAGUGCCUGUUGGAAAUAAAUAACUAUGAAGGCAAAAUGAAGACAA